AUGGACAGAAAAACGUAUUUUUUAUUUCUUAUUUUCUUUUCUCUGUUUCCUCCUAAGUUUGACAGACAUGUCCACAAACCAAUUACUGGCAGAUGAAUGGACGCUUGUAUGAGAGAUGGGCAAAGGCCACCUUUAGGCCAAUCUGUGGCUUUUGCUCUGUGAUAUGAUUUCGUGGAGGAUGACUUUCGCUUUGCAAAAGCCCAUGUUUGAAUUCAGCUCUUAGGCUCCAUCUGGCGUUUUCACCAAAUCCCCAGAUUUGGCUGGCUCGUCCUUUCUUGCCGUCAUCCCUUUAGAUAAAGCUAGGGGAAAGUAAUGCACUGUCCUGGCCGGAUUCCACGGCGUGUUUAUUAAAAUAAAUAAAUAAAUAAAUAAAUAAAUAUCACAAAUCCUUCUACGCCGGACUUGUUUUCACACUAGUAUUGUCGUUCAAGAGACCGAAACGAUUACGACUCGAAACAACCACACAUCAUUGUUCUGCUGCGAUUUUGUGAAACUAUUGACUACAUGUUUGCUUGUCUCUUACCCCCGAGCCAGGGCAACGGUGGCGUGCGUGCUCAAUAUGAGCCUGGUCAGGUUUGAGACGGGCGACCCAAAUAAUCCGUAAAACAGAUGCGACAUACUGACGGACAACAAUGCUGAAGAGAAGGUUGUUCAGUGAGACAUUGGGAAGAGGCUAACCCAUGUGGACUAGAGACUGACUGGGUAUGAGAAGUGAACGUUCGGUUUUCUGUGAUCCUCUGAAUUCACAGGUGUGUUCACCUGCCGCCGUGACGCUUCGCAGGAUGCACCGGGAAUGUAGUACACCUCCUGGGUCUCCAUAGACGAGUUUAACACGAAACUUCAUCACAGUCCAGUGUGGAAACCGGUGUGUUACGGGUCAGAAAGGGCUGGUGCUUAGUGAAACACCGUUGGUUAUGAGAAGCUGCAGCCACUCGGCCAAUUGGCAGGUCCCCAGAUGUGUGUGGAGGUUGCUUUCUGGUGGGCGGUGUGCUGGAGAGGCCUCCUCCUGUGGGCAGUGGGGCUAGUGUCUUCUGCGGACUCCCUGUGGCCCUGUCCCCAGCGCUGCGAGUGCUACUCAGAGGUGCUGAUGGUAAACUGCUCGGGUCGCCACCUCGCAUCCGUGAUGGAGGGCAUCUCGGGGGACUCCCAGCGUCUUGACCUCUCGCACAACCGCCUCAAGGCCCUGGGCCGCCGGCAGUUUUCCGGGCUCGGGCAGCUGAGGGAGCUGGACUUGAGCGACAACAUCUUGACCAUGAUUGAGGUGGAGGCUUUCUUGGGGCUCCAGAAUUUGCUCACCCUGCGGAUGUGUCGCAACCGGCUGAAGAUCAUCACGGUGGGGGUCUUCUCGGGACUCCCCAGUCUGCGGCUGCUGGACAUCAGCGAGAACGAGAUCCUCGUCUUCCUGGACUACACCUUCCGCGAAUUGGCGCACCUGCAGAGGAUGGAGGUGAGCGAGAAUGACCUAGUGUUCAUCUCGCAGCGGGCCUUCGUGGGCCUGGCCAACCUGCAGGAGCUCAACAUUGACCGCUGCAACCUCACAGUCAUCCCAACGGAUGCACUGUCGCAGCUGGGGGGCCUGGUCAGGCUGCGGCUGAAACGGCUGAGCAUCACCUCCCUGCCCAACAACUCCUUCCGUCGCCUGGGACGCCUGAGAGAACUAGUGGUGUCCCACUGCCCCUGGUUGGAGUCCAUGGCAGGGAAUAGCCUUUUUGGCCUGAACCUGACCACUCUAACACUGAGCCACUGUAAUCUCAGUAUGUUUCCAUACGCUCCUCUCCAUCACCUAGUCUACCUACGCUAUCUUGACCUUUCUUAUAACCCCAUUACCUCCAUUCAAGGGAACCUACUGGGCGACCUGCUGAGGCUGCAGGAGCUGCACCUGGUCGGAGGAAAUCUGCUCCAGGUGGAGCUGCAGGCUUUCCAUGGCCUUGCUUACCUCCGCCUCCUCAAUGUCUCCUCCAAUCAGCUUGUGACGCUCCAGGAAGGAGCUUUCCAUUCUGUGGGCAACCUUGAGGUCCUGCGGCUAGACGAGAACCCGUUGGCGUGCGACUGCCGUCUACUCUGGGUAAUGCGUCGCCUACUGCGCUUGGACUUUGACAGCAAUCCCCCAACCUGUAAUGCACCCGUCCAGGUGCAAGGGAGAGCCUUUCAGGACUUUACUGAGGCGGAGAUGCCAGGCCUCUUCACUUGCCGGUCGCCUCGAAUCUUAAGCCGCAGACCGCAGGAGGUUCGAGUGGAGGAGGGACACACUGUGCCAUUACUCUGCAAGGCAGAUGGAGACCCCAUCCCCUCCGUUGCCUGGCUUAGCCCAAAACACACCAAGCUUUCCCCAACUGGAAGAAUACGCAUUCUCCCAGAUGGAUCUCUGGAGGUACGCUAUGCCCAGGUGCACGACAGCGGCACCUACCUGUGCAUAGCAUCUAAUGCAGCAGGAAAUGACACCUUCCCUGUGAGCCUGCGUGUCCACGGCUUCCCGUCCUCAGGGCGCAACCGCUCUGCCUCCUACUUCCUUGAUGGGUGGAGCCUGGCGACCGUGCCAACCGCUGUCAACGGCUCUUCACAGCAGACGAAGCCUUACCCCUUCGAUGUGAAGACGCUUGUGAUUGCCGUGACCAUGGGCUUCCUGUCGUUCCUUAGCUCUGUGGCCAUCUGCUUUGUGUUCAUGUUCUUCUGGAGCCAGAGCAAAGGGCAGAUCAAGCACACGGCCACAAUAGACUUCGUGCCUCGCGCUUCGGGUGGCGGUAGUGGCGGCGGCACCAGUUCAGAACCCAGCAAGUUCACCAUGAAGCUCAUCUGAGAGGAUGCAGAUGCUGAUUCUGAGACUGAUUCUGCACUGGGUAGGCCUGAGGCUGGAAAAACUUCCUAUUGGGUUCUUUGGAGAGGAAGAUGAGUUUGAUCAGACACAGAUCAGAAACAUCAAAAGGGUCGAUGCAUGGCUUUACACUGGUUGCUGGUUCCCGUAGAGCCUUUACAGACCACACUGUGAGUACUGUGAGGUUCAUUCAUAGCUGUGUUUAUAAGCUUAGGAGUGCCCACAGAGGUUAUCAACAUCAUGAAUUAAGCUGGAGGAGUCUACAUAUGUCUGCCUUUCACUCUCUAAAUGAGUUGAAGGCUCAGCUCUCAGUGAGAAAAAAAAAAUCUGUAUCCGAGUUGUUUGGAAAAUCCCUGAUUUGUCGCUGAUCAUGGCGGGGAUAAUAAAUGCUUUGGCAGUCACGUGACCCUGGCAGUCGGGAAUCCUAUUGGAGGACAACUGUGCCACAGCCGAACCGCUCGGUGGGGUUUAGCAUCUGUUUGUUUUGCCCUGUGCAGUUUUUAUUAUGGCAGACAUGCACUUCCACAGCUGCUGAGCGACAACAUUAAGGCACGGAUUUAGAUCCCGGGAUUUUAUGUAUGGAAAUGGUCAUGUCAAAGCAGGACUGACAGUGUCAUUCACGUUUUUUGAAUGACACGGUUUGUUGUGACUGGAAUACUCCCAACAGGGGAAAAAAGCGGAAAGCCCAUAUUUGUAUGCUUGUGGACAACAGCAGUAAUACAUAACAGACAUAAUACUGUAAAAUAAAUAUGGUGUUCAGUGAGAAUUUAUUUCACACUGAUGUCGAGCGUUAGAUUCCAUAAUGGGUACCAUUUCCACACUUUCAUCUGGAUGAAAAUAAAAAUGGUAGUCUUUUUAUCUUAUCAAAAAACAUUUUGUACUGUUGAUAUUAUGUAAUCACACCGGGUAACUCAGCAAUAUAAUAAUCUAUUCUGCAACUUUAUUGUCAAAAACUGGUACUGAACCACAAACCUACUAUAUAUUUGAAUGCAUGCUCUGUUCCCUUUUACUUUUGCAAGAUCUAUCAAAAACAUCAAACAAACAUUAAUCAAGACUUCAGCAUUAGCACUGACAUGCCUACAUACUGUGCACUAUUAGACACUAUCUAGACAUAUUCACACAUUUGAAACAGCCACUAAACAAAGUAUCCAUGAAUGAAUUUAAGACCACAGAGGCUUAUAUUAAAUGCUCUGAAGGCCAUGACAAAUUACCUGGCACUAAAUCAACCCUGCUACUCUAUGAGAUUUUCUCUUAAAUCUGCCCUUUUGCCCCAGUGGUGUCAAUCUCAUUCCGCUAAGAAAAUCCCAUAACCUCCAUUGUCAUUUGUCCCUGACUGGCAUUCUGAUGGUGCAGGAAAGAUUUAAUGAAAGGUUUUCAAAAGCCUUCAUGAUCUCCUCUUUCUGAGGAAUGUAUGUGUGUGUGUGUGUGUGUGUGUGUGUGUGUGUGUGUGUGUGUGUGUGUGUGUGUGUGUGU